CUGCAGACAAGGCAACUGAGGCCCAGAGAAGAGGAGUGAUCCAUCCAUCCUGAUGGUUCCAAGCUGGGGGCUCAUUCAUCCCUGGAGGCUGUUGGCCAUGGGGCUGCUAGGCCUGCUCCCCCUGAGGCCUCUGGGGUGGGAGGUACAACACCCCUGAAAGCUUCCUUUUUGGAAGGCUGGGGGCAGCAGCUGUUGGACUUCUGGACUGUCCUGCUUCACAGGGGCCUUUGCAACAAGGGCAGUGGGGGCUAGGGUCAUGCAGCCCUCCAGCUGGGAACAAACCUGAUCUCGGUGGCUACCCGCAGGCCGCCUCUUGGGCCACAGAGGAUCUGGCAGGAUGAAGAAAUGGGGGAGCUCAGACUUAUGGGAAUCUCAGGACCUGCCUCAAGAGGACUCCUGCCCAGAGCCCCUAGAUGGAGACCCUAACUCCAGGCCAGCUCCAGCCAAGCCCCACAGCUUCCCUGCGGCCAAGAGCCGCAGCCGGCUCUUUGGAAAGGGUGAUUCGGAGGACACAUCCCUCAUGGACUGCUCUUCUGAGGAAGGUCAGCUGGCAUCCUGCCCGGCCAUCACAGUCAGCCCUGUUGUCAUCGUCCAGAGGCCUGGGGAUGGUCCCACCUGUGCCAGGCAGCCAUCCCAGGACUCUGCUGCCGAGAACCUCAAGCUCUACAAUCGCAGGAAGAUCUUUGAAGCAGUUGCUCAGAAUAACUGCGAGGAGCUGGAGAGCCUGCUGCUUUUUCUGAAGAAGAGCAAGAAGCAUCUCAUGGACAGCGAAUUCAAAGACCCGGACACAGGGAAGACUUGCCUGCUGAAAGCCAUGCUCAACCUGCACAACGGGCAGAACGACACCAUCCCCCUGCUCCUGGAGAUCGCCCGGCAGACGGACAGCCUGAAGGAGCUGGUCAACGCCAGCUACACGGACAGCUACUACAAGGGCCAGACGGCACUGCACAUUGCCAUCGAGAGACGGAACAUGGCACUGGUGACCCUCCUGGUGGAGAACGGGGCCGACGUCCAGGCCGCGGCCAAUGGGGACUUCUUUAAGAAAACCAAAGGGCGGCCUGGCUUCUAUUUUGGUGAGCUGCCCCUCUCCCUGGCGGCGUGCACCAACCAGCUGGGCACCGUGAAGUUCCUGCUGCAGAACUCCUGGCAGUCGGCCGACAUCAGCGCCAGGGACUCGAUGGGCAACACCGUGCUGCACGCGCUGGUGGAGGUGGCUGACAACACGGCCGACAACACCAAGUUUGUGACGAGCAUGUACAACGAGAUUCUGAUCCUGGGGGCCAGACUCCACCCUGCGCUGAAGCUGGAGGAGCUCACCAACAAGAAGGGGCUGACGCCGUUGGCUCUGGCCGCCAGGAGUGGGAAGAUCGGGGUCCUGGCCUAUAUUCUCCAGAGGGAGAUCCAGGAGCCCGAGUGCAGGCACCUGUCCAGGAAGUUCACCGAGUGGGCCUACGGGCCUGUGCACUCCUCACUGUACGACCUGUCCUGCAUCGACACCUGUGAGAAGAACUCAGUGCUGGAGGUGAUUGCCUACAGCAGCAGUGAGACACCUAAUCGCCAUGACAUGCUCUUAGUGGAGCCGCUCAACCGCCUCCUGCAGGACAAGUGGGACAGAUUCGUCAAGCGCAUCUUCUACUUCAACUUCUUCAUCUACUGCCUGUAUAUGAUCAUCUUCACCACGGCCGCCUACUACAGGCCUGUGGAAGGCCGGCCUCCCUUUAAGCUGAAACACACCGUUGGGGGCUAUUUCCGAGUCACUGGAGAGAUUCUUUCUGUAGCAGGGGGAGUCUACUUUUUUUUCCGAGGGAUUCAAUAUUUCCUGCAGAGACGGCCAUCACUGAAGACCUUGUUUGUGGACAGCUACAGUGAGAUGCUUUUCUUUGUGCAGUCGCUGUUCAUGCUGGGGACCGUCGUGCUAUACUUCUGCCACUGCAAGGAGUACGUGGCCUCCAUGGUUUUCUCCCUGGCCAUGGGCUGGACCAACAUGCUCUACUACACCCGCGGCUUCCAGCAGAUGGGCAUCUAUGCUGUCAUGAUUGAGAAGAUGAUCCUGAGAGACCUGUGUCGCUUCAUGUUUGUUUACCUCGUUUUCUUAUUUGGGUUUUCCACAGCGGUGGUGACGCUGAUUGAGGAUGGGAAGAAUGACUCCGUGUCGGCUGAGACGACGUCACACAGGUGGCGAGGUCCUGGCUGCCGGCCGUCGGACAGCUCCUACAACAGCCUGUACUCCACGUGUCUGGAGCUGUUCAAGUUCACCAUCGGCAUGGGUGACCUGGAGUUCACGGAGAACUAUGACUUCAAGGCUGUCUUUGUCAUCCUGUUACUGGCCUACGUGGUUCUCACGUACAUCCUCCUGCUCAACAUGCUCAUUGCCCUCAUGGGUGAGACGGUCAACAGGAUCGCACAGGAGAGCAAGAACAUCUGGAAGCUGCAGAGAGCCAUCACCAUCCUGGACACGGAGAAGAGCUUCCUUAAGUGUAUGAGGAAGGCCUUUCGCUCAGGCAAGCUGCUGCAGGUGGGGUACACAGCUGACGGCAAAGACGACUACAGGUGGUGUUUCAGGGUGGACGAGGUGAACUGGACCACCUGGAAUACCAACGUGGGCAUCAUCAAUGAAGACCCGGGCAACUGUGAGGGCAUCAAACGCACCCUGAGCUUCUCCCUGCGGUCGGGCCGAGCUGCAGGGAGGAACUGGAAGAACUUUGCCCUGGUUCCCCUCUUAAGAGAUGCGAGUACUCGAGAAAGACACCCUGCCCAGCCUGAGGAAGUUCAUCUGAAGCACUUCGCGGGGUCCCUCAAGCCAGAAGAUGCCGAGAUUAUCAAGGAUUCUGCUGCUUUAGGGGAGAAGUGAGGGACCACACAGGGUGCUCUCAAUCCUGUGGGCCUUAGGAAAGCCCACCGUCUCCGGUGGAGGGUGUGUAGGGGCCACCAGUGAUGCCUCAGCAGCCUGGCCCUACCAGCACCCUCCUCGCAGGCCCUCUCCUAGACCACACGGAACAAGCUGCAGGAGGCAUUGCUGGAUGCACGGGUAGAGAUAGUCACGCAACCCUCACUGUCCCCAGCUGGCUCUCCUAACACAAAAGGAUAUUGCGUUCCGGUUUUUACUGACUUUAUCAGACAUGGCGAAUGAGAAAUCGCCACGUGCAUGUAUGCGAUGCCCCAGUUUCCUUUGAUUUUAUAUUCCUGGGAGUGAAAGGCAGCGAAGCCCAGGGAAACACCUUUUACAACAAAACACUUCUUUGAGAUAAAAUGCCGAAGCCCUUGUCUAUUUUGUGCUUAAUAUCUCCCCUGUCCAGAGCGGUCUGGGGGAGACGAUGGCUGCUCCUCCGAGAAGGCGGGGGAACCUGGCCCCAUUCCCAGCUCUGCCAGAAUCAGGUGUUUCCGGAGUGACUCCCUCCUUCUGUGUGAUCCAUCACAGUUCCAAAAAUAUUAGCUCUAUCGCUGUUCAAAUAAAAGUACAGAACCAUGUCCCAAAGCCACGUGGCAAGAAUUUUUUUAAUGAUCUUCCCUCUGUAGUGGCCAUAGUCCUGCUCGCCUGCAGUGGUACCUCCUUCCACCUCUAC